AUGCGCGCCGCGUGGCUCCGGCUCGUCGCGAUCCUCGCGGUCCUAGCGGCGGGUCACGUGCUGGCGGCAGGGGGCGACGAUGGCCGAUUCGGGGUUGCCGAGUGUACCCCGUCGUCGCCUUGCGUGCACCUCGUGGCGCACUCGCACAUGGACCCGGGUUGGAGGAACACGUUCGACCAAUACGUCAUCGGCAGCGGGAACGGUAUCCACAGGAGCGCGGUGCUGGCGUGCGCGCGGGACCCGGCGCGCCGCUUCACGUUUGGCGACGCCGCGUUCCUCGUGCGUUGGCUGGAGAGCGAGGGAGGCGAGGCACCGCCCGAGGACUGCGUCUACUCCCCGACGCCGUCGCGAGGACGCGACCCGUGCGGCACCACGUGGCUCGAGCUCUUCAGGAGCCUCGUCCGCGACGGGCGCGUGGACGUCGUCGGCGGCGGGUGGGUAUCACACGACGAGGCGGUCACGCCCGUUCACCUCGCCGCCGCGCAGUUUGACGCGGGAGCCGCCGCGCUGAGAGCCGUCGUAGGGGACGACGAUUGGAGGCCGACGGUGGCGUGGCAGAUCGACCCGUUCGGGCACGCGGCGUCCACCCCGGCGGUGUUGGCACACCUGGGGUACAAACACGUCGUGGUGAACAGGGUGCCGAGGGGCGCGAGGCGGGAGGCGGUGCGCCAGCGCGGUCGGGAGUUUGUCUGGAUCCGAGCGGGGUCAAGCCGGGGUCAAGUCGUCGCUCACAUGCUUCGGAGGCACUAUAACGUGCCGCGCGCGCUGGACUUCACGGGAGAGCGCACCGACGUGGACUGGGCCUCCGCCGCGGUCGCGCUCGAGGCGGAGGCGGUGGCGUCGUUCGAGGGACUGGCGCGGGGGGCGGGUCGCGCCAUGAUGUUGGUCGGCGACGACUUUAGGUUCAAAGACGCGGAGAGGACGUUCGCGGCGUGGGAGACGCUCCUGGCGCGCGUGGGGAGCGGGGAUCGGGGUGGGGAUCGAGACGGAGGCGGGAGACGCGCGGGUCCGAAGGGGCCCGGGAAGAGGAGCGCGUUCAGGUUCGCGUGGUCCACGCCGGCGGAGUACUUUGCCGCGACCGCUUCAAACCCGGUCGAGUUACCGAGACGUGUUGGGUCGUUCCUUCCGUACGCGGAUAACUGGCCGGUCAGCGAGAACGCGUGGGUGGGAUCGUUCGUGCACAGGCGCGAGCUCAAGCGCGCCGUUGUCGCCUCGUCGACGGCGGCCCUAAACGCGGGUUCUCUCGCCGCUCUGUGCCCAAACGGAGCGAAAGACGUCGAACGGAUCGAGACGUCGAGAGCCGAGCGAGCCGCGUACCUGGGUCUGCACCACGACGCCAUCACGGGCACGUGCCCAAAGUCGGUGGCGGACGACUUCACGUCGUGGGCGCGUAAGGGCGAGGCUCUCGCGGAGGACGUCACGGCGCGCGCUGCGGCGCGGGCGCUUCGAUGCGACGUCGGCGCCGAGCACAGCUGGCGGACGGAACCAGACGUCGGCGCCGCCGCUCGACUUCGCGAGCCCGGCGACGCCGUCGCGGUGCAUAAUCCCACGGGCUGGGUCCUGCCGUACGCCGAGGUGAGACUGCUGGUCGGGCGACGCGUGAAGAUCGUGGACGCUCGCACCGGGCGCGCGGUGCCGACGCAGGAGCGAAGGACGGACGGCGUUCGGUUCUUGAACGGGCUCCUUCGCUCUCCUUCGCUCGCGGAUGGCGAGGAGGACGACGACAUCGACGGUCUCUCGGAGACGGUGGUGGCGCUGACCGACCUUCCACCGCUCGGCAUCGUGCGCCUCGCGGCGGUCGCGGUCGGGGACGACGAGAUGAAAACGACGGGCGACGUCGGUGGAUACGCCAAGGCACCCCGCCGCGAUCCCGCGGUCACGUUCGAGAGCGACGGAACCGCCGCCGUCGGCGGGGUGAAAAUGUCCGUCGCUUCCGUCGCGUCACCCGCGGAUGAACGGUUCGGGGACGGUCCUUACGUCUCUCGAUCCGGGUUGUGGCACGUGCUGCCGGUCGUGUGUGGCGCGCUGGUGUGCUUCGUCAACGUGACGUUCGCCGCGUGGGUCGCCGCGAGGGCGCUGGGUAAGAGGAGGGCGGCGCCGCGGCGGCAAAGACGAAGGGGCCUCCUCGACGGCGCGUCUCCGGUCAAGUCGUCGAAGCCCCGGCGUUCCCGGGUGCGAGGUAUCGGGGUAUACGGGUUUUUGGCGACGUUCGCCGCGAGGGCGCGAAGGUUCAAUCGGUACUCCCUGGCCGAGCGUUCGACGAGGUCCAAGCCGUUGGCGACGCGCGUGGCUCGAAGAUUCGCGGCGCCCGCGUUUGUGGGCGUCGUCCUCGUUCUCGCGGCGCACUCGACGGCGUUCGUCUCGGACGCUUCGCACGGCUCGAUCGUUCGAGGCGGGUACCGAUCGGGCGCGUGGAUAGGGGGCGUCGCGGGGGUGGUCAACGCGGCGCGGAGCCGGGGGAAGGGGACGAUGGGAGGCGCGGCGGCGUCCGGGUGCGUCGCCGCCCUCGCCGCUUUUGUCACCCUCGCUCGAGUGCCGUCGCUGUCCUACCGCGGAAUGGUCGGCCACGGCCUCAUCGCGCCGAGGUGCUUCGCCGGUGAGGUGUACACCGAAUGCAUCGCGCGGUUCGGCGCCGUCGCGAACCCAUCGCUGCCCUCCGCCGUCCUGACGGUGAGGGAAAGGGCCGGACGGGCGCUCGAGACGGAGCGGGGUUCCCCCUCCCGCGAGCCGCCCCCGAUCGAGGUCGAGUGGGCGGCGCUCGCGCCCGAGGACGUCGAGAUCGUCGCCCGCGUCGUUCCAUCGAACGGCGCCGCCUCCCGGGGCCUGCUCGUGGACGACGGCAUCGGCGUGACGCACCACGCGUGGUCGUCGCGCCGCGGGUGGUCCGUCCCCGCCAACGAGGUUCCCUCCGGCGCGUUCGUCGCGCUCUCCUCCGACGCGAGCGACGCGGAUGUCCUCGGGCUGGUGCUCUCGCCGGGAUCCGCCGCGACGUCCGUGGCGCACGUGAACGGCGGCGCGUGGUUGGGCGUCCACCGACAGGCGGUCAACGACGACGGCCACGGGCUGGGCGCCGCGCGGCGAACGCUCGUCGACGAGUCCCCGGGCGCGCUAUCGUUUCUCGUCGCGAGGGGUUCGGUGGCGAGUCUGCGACGACUGGCGGCGGAGAGCUCGAGGCCGCCGACGGCGGCGGCUCUCGGCGGCGACGUCGCGUGCGAGCUCGCCGAGUGGUCGCCCGUGGCGGAGCCGUUGCCGCGCCACGUCGAGGUGCUCGCGGUGACGGAGCGCGCGCCGUUGGGAUGGAGGAUUGGGGGCGACGAGGGAGGGGGGCGAGGCGGGGGGUUUUGUCCGCUCUGGUUCAGGGUGCGUGACGCGAGGGAGGCGUCAGCGGCGGCGGGGAGGGACGGCGCGGAGGGCGCGACGACGGCGGCGGCGCUGGAGCGAUCACUCGGAUCGAUGGGGAGGAUCGUCAUGCAGCCCUCGUCGCUGCUUCCGGGUGAGAUUGGGUACGUGCUCGUCCGGCGCGAGUGCGAGAGGUAG